UGUAGGUUCCACCUCUUCUUAACUGUUAUCAAACAUAAACAGAAGGAUUGAUCAGAAGUAAGGAAACGAUAAACCUGUACUUGCGUGGGGAUCCAGCAUACAGAAUGUGGAGGAGUCUGCACUGAGAUUCAUCUACGGUCAUUAACAAACGGCCUAAUUUUGGAAAUAUCAGCUGCAACAGAGACAAGUCAUCACUCACAGAUACAUGAUGGAUGAAAAAGACCUGAAGAAACGGAAGAACACUCGCAAUGGCAGCAUCUCACACAGUGUGGGCUCUAAAAUCAAACCGAAUGAGGAGGAAGUCAAAGCUACAAUACUGCAGAAAGAUGUGGGUCUGCUAAGCGGGAUCUCUCUGAUUGUGGGGACGAUGAUUGGCUCGGGCAUCUUCAUCUCUCCCAAAGCUGUGCUUGAGGGAACAGGAGCAGUGGGCCCAUGCCUGUGUGUUUGGGCAGCAUGCGGGGUGCUGGCCACUCUAGGAGCUCUUUGCUAUGCUGAGCUUGGCACAAUGAUUACUAAGUCAGGCGCUGAGUACCCAUACCUGAUGGAAGGUUUUGGGCCUGUGUUGGCAUACCUCUACUCCUGGACGACCAUCUUUGUUCUGAAACCUUCGUCCUUCGCCAUCAUCGCCCUCAGCUGUGCAGAUUAUGCCUCCACACCUUUCUACCCAGGAUGCACCCCACCUGUGAUCAUCACCAAAUGCCUGGCUGCAGCUUUUAUCUUAUUGAUUGUGCUCGCAAACUGCCUAAGUGUGAAGCUCGCCAGCUAUGUCCAAAACUUCUUCACUGCAGCCAAACUCCUUAUCAUCGCCGUCAUAGUGGUAUCAGGAAUCGUUAUGCUGGCCCAAGGAAAUACACAGAAUCUCACAGAUACAUUUAAAGGAGCAGAAACUUCAUUUGGUGCAAUUGGACUGGCCUUUUACAACGGCCUCUGGGCUUAUGAUGGGUGGAAUCAGCUGAACUACAUAACAGAAGAGCUGAAAAACCCAUACCGGAAUCUUCCACUGGCCAUCAUAAUUGGGAUUCCUUUGGUGUCAGUUUGCUAUGUGCUAGUCAAUGUUGCCUACUUCAGCGUCAUGACACCCACAGAACUACUGCAGUCAUCUGCUGUUGCCGUGACUUAUGGUGACAGAGUGCUGUACCCAGUCUCAUGGUUGGUGCCGCUGUUUGUGGUCUUCUCCACUUUUGGAGCUGCUAAUGGAAGCUGUUUCACUGCUGGAAGGCUGACAUAUGUCGCUGGACGAGAAGGCCACAUGGUGAAGAUCCUGUCCUAUAUCAGUCCAAAAUAUUUCACUCCUUCACCAGCUCUCAUCUUUAAUGGUAUUCUGGCUAUUUUCUACAUAAUUCCAGCAGAUAUCAACACUCUCAUUAACUACUUCAGCUUUGCUCAGUGGCUUUUCUAUGGUCUGACUGCCCUCGCUCUCAUUGUCAUGCGCUUCACAAGAAAAGAGUUAGAAAGGCCGGUGAAGGUGCCCAUUAUAAUCCCAGUUGUGGUGGUAAUAGUAUCCUGUUACCUGGUUUUGGCUCCGAUCAUCGACAAGCCUGAGUUUGAGUAUCUGUACUGCACAGUGUUCAUCGUAGGCGGGCUGAUUUUUUACUACCCCUUUGUCCACCGCAAGUUCAGCUGGACCCGCAGAGUCAUGAGACCCAUCACCAUGCAUCUGCAGUUGCUAAUGGAAGUUGUCCCACCAGAGUUAGAGUGAAGAACUGCAGACAGUAAGUAGGAAAGCACCGGAUAUGACAACCUCAAGACUGAUCAGUCAACACAUUGCCACAGAAUACUUAAAGGGAAACUGACUGCACAGAGAAUUAUGAAGAACUGCAACUGCCAUCUUGCUGUACUGCACUACAUCGCCAGAGGGAGCCCUACUGAGCAAAAAGAAGGCCUUGAACAUUGGCUAGAAGAUGCUCAUUACCAAAGUAAGAUACAGUGCAAAACAACCUCCCAUAACAGUGUUCUUCAUUUUGCUGGUGGCCCCAGAAGCCAACAAGGCAGCCCAUGAUUGUUUUGUUCCACUAAACAAAAAAUGAUAUGUUUUGUUGAUUUUCUAAAUUUAUCCUCUACAGAGAACACACUUCUACACAAUUUAAUGCAAAAUUAAUAUUUAUUUGCUGAAUUUAACAGAUUUGGAAAAAAAUUAAACAUGACAUGUGGCCUGUAAAAGUUAUGGCACAUUUUAUAUUUUACGUUUUAUUUUUUUGUAAUUUGUUAAACGUAAACUUAAAGUUGUAGACACACACACAUAUCUGAAAUAUAAAACAGAUGUUUGCAGCAGUAGCUAUUUAGUGAUCAACUUUAAAUUGUGAGUGUCCCUCUGGCUAAGUAGUGUACAUAAAUUUUACAAAUACAGACCAAAAAAAAAACUGAGAAAAACCCUCCUUUAUGAGGCCUUCUGCCCAAUGAGCGCUGAACUCUGAGCAUCCUUUAUGAGGGUUCUAGAUACUAAAAAACUGCUCACCGGUAAAUCUCAAAUAUGUAUAAAAUCUUUUUAAGAGGUAUGUGUAAUAGCUGUGAUACAGAUUUAUGUAAAUAUGAAAGACAUAUAUUUAAUUUUUCAAAUUCUUUGUUAUUAAUUUUCUGUGUUGUUUUUUUGGCUGUUGUUUCAUAUGGAGUCUGCACUGCCUCUGUUAUGUUUUAGAAUGCACAUGGACACCAUCCGAGUUUACAGUGGUUUAAUUUGUAAAGUGAUGAAGUUCUUGUUUGCAUGUGAAGAUUGAGUCCAGAUUAGGAGCUGUUUUAAUGUUUAAUGUGCAGCCCCAGUAUGUCACUUGUGUUUAAACCCCACUUUACAAAUGUUCGCGCAAUCUUUGUAUGCAGUUUUAGGCUGGUAAAGCCUUGAUUGUUGCGUGCUAAAAAUAUAAAUACUGCUUUUUCAGUGGUUUACAGUGAUGCACCAUUAGUGCCUUAGGACAAACAUAAUUUUUUGUUUCUGUUCUUAGUGUUUUGAAAAUGCAUGCCUCUCCCUGUCUUGUUCUCUGUUAGUAGGGCUGCAUCAUUGUGGCCUUGGUGCUUUGCUAGAUCCAGCAAACAUUUCCAACCUGCCUUUGCUCUGUGGCAAAAUUAGACUACAUUUCAUCAAUUCCUCAAUUCAUCAAUGUAUGAAAUUUGUCAGAAGCAUUUUAUCAUGUAAAUGUGUGGGACAAAUUUUAUAGGCCUAUUGAAGCCAGAGAUUAAACAGGUGUCUCUGAAAUGUAGCGUUUCUGUGUUGUUUCUGGCAUUUUCAUUAUUAAAGAAAAAAUGUAAUAAUUGUUAAAAUACAUUUUGUCUCUCUUCUGAAAAAUAAAAAAGUCUUAUUACCUCUG